ACAGUAUCUCUCUCGCUUCCUAGAGCGGCGCUUCGUCAUUUUCGUGUCCGUGCGAGGUCCCGAACGAACGAGUGGAGAGAUCCGCGUCGCCAUCUUUAGGAACGGUACCGACUGCCUCCGCUACCACCGCCUGCUCCGUUCCAAACGAGCUCGAAGUCGGUUUACGCGAGUCGAACGAAACGGUCAGUGAGAGUUCGAUUGCGACAGCGCAUACACCUGUUCCUGCAUCGCGGUGGGCGACGCGGCAUUUAAUCGUUCGCGAUGUUCAUUUAAUACCAUCGAGAGACACCGAGAAGAGAGCCCCGCGUAUGUGCCGUGCCGCAUUCUGCCGCUUGGUACGUUCCACCGUGAAACAACCAGUGUACAGUAAAACAGUGUUUUGAUAAACGUCGUCGGGGAGCAAGUGGGAACGGGGGUACAGUGUCGUCUCGAGGCUACGGUAAAUUACGCUCGUCGGACAGGAAUUAGAAAAGAAAGAGGGAGAGGAGGAAGCGUUUGAGAGGUGGCUGUGAGCGAACGGACAGCGACGACGGGCAAGUACAAUUGACAGGAAAGAUGGCGCGAGGUGCGGGCGAGGAUUAAUGCUGACCCAUUUUUCCGCGCGAAAUCGUUCGUUCUUACUUCGCCGUGCGACCGAUCGAAAGGGACCAUUAAACUUAGAUCGCAGAUCGCGCGGGCCACCCUCGGUCCCUAUCGAGUGCGAAUCGAUUCGAGUAGUACCAAGAGGGGUAACUCGGUUCGUUGCCUGCAGGAGGUUCUCUCUAGCCACUGUACGGUUCCGCGCGUGUGCCCGAUUCUUGCGUAAGUGUGAGUGCCCUCCUAAACGUGUGUGGGGCUCUUGUAGGACCAGCAUUGACAAAUAUCGUAACGGACUGGCUGCGGGAGAUCGGAGACGGAACGGGGGAGGGAACGGUAGAAAACGCCGAGUACUACGCUGCGUGCGAUAGAAAAACGGUGUGCGAGAAUCGGUGCCGUGACACGAGUGUCCGUGGACGACGGCAAAAUUUUCAACAACUAUAGGUCGUCGGGGCCUUGGCAGGCUCGGCUGCGGUAGACAGCAGAGAGAGAGAGAGAGAGAGAGAGAGCGUCGGGGAGAAAAGGAGGUAGUGAGAGAUAGAUAGAUAGAGAGAGAGAACUAAGACGAAGACGCGGUCUUCUGUAAUCUCGUGGGCUGCGUAUAGUCCUGGCUUGCUCGGGUACGAGCGCGGCUGCUAAGAUGGGCAACAAUGCCGCGACGUCGUAUAAAAGGGUCGACGCUGCCGAGAGCGUCAAGGAGUUUCUCGACAAGGCGAAGAAGGAGUUCGAGGACAAGUGGAAGAAGAACCCGACGAAUACCGCCGAUCUCAACGACUUCGAGCAGAUCAAGACACUCGGGACCGGCUCGUUCGGCCGUGUCAUGAUAGUGCAACACAAGCCGACCAAAGAGUAUUACGCCAUGAAGAUACUCGACAAGCAAAAGGUCGUGAAACUCAAGCAGGUGGAACACACGCUGAACGAGAAGAGAAUACUGCAGGCGAUUAGCUUCCCGUUCCUGGUCUCGUUGCAGUUCCACUUCAAGGACAACUCGUACCUGUACAUGGUGCUCGAGUACGUGCCGGGCGGCGAGAUGUUCAGCCAUCUGCGGAAAGUCGGCCGUUUCACGGAGCCGCAUUCGCGUUUCUACGCGGCGCAGAUCGUGCUCGCGUUCGAAUACCUCCACUACCUCGAUCUGAUCUACAGGGACCUGAAGCCGGAGAAUCUGUUGAUCGACUCGCAGGGCUACCUGAAGGUGACGGACUUCGGCUUCGCGAAGAGGGUGCAGGGCAGAACGUGGACCCUGUGCGGCACACCGGAGUACCUGGCGCCCGAGAUCAUCCUGAGCAAAGGGUACAACAAGGCGGUCGACUGGUGGGCCCUCGGUGUUCUCGUUUACGAGAUGGCGGCCGGUUAUCCGCCGUUCUUCGCCGACCAGCCGAUACUGAUCUACGAGAAGAUCGUCUCGGGGAAGCCGCGGUUCCCCUCGCACUUCGGCUCCGACCUGAAAGACUUGCUCCGUAACCUGCUGCAAAUCGAUCUGACCAAGAGGUACGGUAACCUGAAGGCCGGCGUGAACGACAUCAAGGGCCACAAGUGGUUCGCCAGCACCGACUGGAUCGCGGUCUUCCAGAAGAAAAUCGAGGCGCCGUUCAUACCGAAAUGCAAGGGGCCUGGGGACACGAGCAACUUCGACGACUACGAAGAGGAGACGCUCAGGAUCUCGCAGACGGAGAAGUGCGCCAAGGAGUUCGCCGAGUUCUGAAUUCACCGGUGGAUCGAAGAUGGAUACACGUGUCGCGUAUUUAUUCAUAUGCGAUGGUUC